GAGAGACAGCAGGAAGUUGAGAAGAUCGUCAAGCAGCACGUAGGAUCCUUGUUGUGCGUGCCCGUGUGUGUCAGCAACAGCCAGGAACUGUUAGCAUUAGCCUGCAUGGUCAACAAGGAGAAUCAACAACAGUUUAAUGAAGAAGACAUUGAGAUGAUUCACCAAUGCUUCAGAUAUACAGCUACAGUUCUCUCCAGUACCCUGGCAUUUCAGAAUGAGCGCAAGUUGAAGGAUCAGACACAGGCUCUGUUACAGGUUGCCAAGAAGUUGUUUACAAGAUUAGAUGACCUCACCAAACUGCUAAGGGAGAUCAUGCAGGAGGCUCGGAACCUCACUGAUGCUGAGCGGUGCUCAGUGUUCCUGCUAGACCAGGACUCGGAUGAACUAGUGGCCAUGGUGUUUGAUGGAAUCACAGCCGAGGACAAGGAG